UUUUUCUACUCGAAGUACAUGUCUUCCCUAGCAGCUGUCAUUACGACAACUUUGGACAUUAUCAAUAGUCGGGUCUUUCCACAAAAUACUCCCUCAUAUUGUGAUUGGAACGAUCCACCUCUUGUGUCGUCUGUGCCAAGCUUAGAAAUCGCAUUCCCCUCCAACGGUCAAGCUAUAUGUAAUAGAUUCACACUCCUUCUUGUAACAGGAAGUCACAUUAAAUACCUUGUUUCCACUCUGCGUUUCAUGGUGAAUUCCAAGUACAUCCGAGAGGUCUUUAUAAUUUGGAGGGGGGACAUGGCUGAUGUUGCAUCACCCUUCUUCCUGCAACAGGGAAAUUUACCUAUCAGAAUACUACCGCCCUUUUACAAUUCAAAGGAACAAUCAAUUGUUCAUCUGCCAGAAACAUCUUCAAGCAGUUUUCUGUUUGUCAGUGAGGAUGCUAUUCUUCCCAGCAAUGUUUCGGAAGUCGACUUUGCCUAUGAGGUUUAUGCCAUUCGUGUCUUGGAGCUGCUCCCCGACGAAAUGAACAGUCUGAUCGUCUCACAGAUGCUGAGUUGUGCGGAGGUAGUACUACCGGAGUUGGCGGUGCAGUUGUCUGGUCGGCCGCCAAUGGUGGUCUCCGCACAGUCACUCCAUGGUCUUCCUUUCUCUGCUGAUUCUCCCAAGCCUGCACCCGCCUUUAAUCACAGCCUUUCUCACCCCCGUGAGCAGUGCCUGAAACUCCUAGCCAUCAAGCAUCUUUUGCCUCUGCGCCAAAAGAAUCUCCCUUUCACUGUCUGCCCACUUUGA